AACUCCAGAAGAGGGUUGUUACCAAAGAUUAAUAGCAAUAAAUUCAAAACAUGUGAAUAUAAUAUAAAAUGUAGAUUCUAAUUAUUUAAUUCAUAACAGCUUUUAAUUCAUUUUGGUGCGAAUUAUAUCGAUUCUCAUCUUCUCCAAUGAGUGAGCCUUCAAAUUCAACUCUUAGCGACAAGCCUACUAAGACUUUGCCCUUUCUAGAUGAAGAUGGUGUUUAUCGUGUUAAAAGAUUAUACAGAGAAAUUUUAAAUGGUGAAGAAAGUGGAGAAGCUGGUUUCAUCUGGAAAACCUGGUACCAUUCAAUGAUAGCCGGUGGGAUUAUUGGUGCAACUAUUGGUAUGAGGCCUGUUUAUAAUGACUUCAAAACAAGGUUCAACGAAUAUCAAUUCCAGUCUAAAACUGCAUAUGCUCGGAAACUUGCCGACUGUACCCUGUCUACAUGUAUUCGAAAUGGAUUCAAAUUCGGGUGGAGAGCUGGUUUAUUAGCGUUGCUAUUUUCUACCACAACUAUUAAUUUAGCAGUUUACCAUAAUGACAUAAGAUUUACUGACAUGGUUUUUUCAUUUGCUAUUACCGGUGGAGUUUAUACUUUUCAUCGUGGACCUAAAGCUAUGCUUGCUGGAGCAACGUUAACAGGUUUAGCGGGAAUCCCUGUUGCAGGUUUAUUCAAGGGUCUUCUCUGGGCAACAGAUAGUACAUAUGCUGAGCUAAGCGAUAAAGCACGUAGCCUUUAUGAUGCCCCUUAUAUAAAAAGGAUGAAAAAAAUUCAGAACACUGAGCAAAAGUGGCGAGAGGCGUCAGUUGAAUACAUAGAUGAUUACAAAAGCUAUAUUUAUCAUCAAAGAAGAGUUGACAGAUUCGAAAAAAUGGGAAUCGUGGAUGAAUCGUUUGAAAAUUUGAAACCAGGCGAGGCAAGGCCUCCUGCUUCCUUCAAAUAAAUGAGAAAAGGUUCGACUUUGAGGAUAAUUCAGUUUAAGUUAUACCUAGUGAUUAAUAUAAGUGCUCAAAAUAUGCAUCAUUAGCAAUUUCACCUCAAUUUUGAAUUACAGGAAAAGAGGGAGAGAGCAUUGAUUGUUUAAUUUUUCUUGUUAAUACCGUCGAUUGAGACAACAUAUUUGUAUUCAUUAAAAUUAUAAAAAAGUUGUUUCAAUUAAUUUAGAGUUGAUAUCGAUGAGAACUAAGAAAAAUAUUGCGAGAUGAGCUGCAUUUUCUAUUUUCAUAUAACCAUAAUAAUUUGUAAUCUAAAUGAGUAUGUGAAAUUUGAGAGAUGGAUGAGAAGUGAGAGAAGACGAGAAGGUGAUGUGGUGAAAGGGUGAUGGGGAGAUCUUUUGGCAUUGUAUGUAUUGUAGAUUAUCAAAUCAAUAAAAUCUUGACAC